AUGGACGACGGCACCACCGAGCUCACCGAGCGCUUCGAGCGCUACUGCGACACAAAGGACCACGCACUCCCCACGGAUGUGCUCGCAGAACUGCAGUCGAUGCUGCGACUGUACUCGAUCUCUGCCGAGGAGCUGGACUUCAAAUGGCAGGCCUACAGCAUCAAGAUGGGCGCAGAGGGCGACAAGCUGGAGCUGAAGAGCGUGCGCGACUUCAAAAAGACCAUCCAGGACACUUUGGAACGCGAGAGCCGGGGCAAGGCACAGCAGAGGACCGAGAUCAAGAGAGAGCGCCCAACACCGCGAGCGAGGGGUGGAGACAUGUACGAUAUGAUCGAGGGUUUGAUACCAAAUACACCACGAGCGAACGGAAGCGCAGUGAAGCGCAAGAACAACUUUGACACGCCCAACGGGAGGGCGAACAAGGCACACCUGAUGAGCUCACCUGCUGGCGCCCUGACUCCAAGAGCCGACGCCUCGAGCGGACCAACCUUCGACUUUGCCUCCCGCACAAACGCAAACGACAUCACCGAACAGUUCAUGAGCAGCGACAUUGCGCUCCCAGACCCUCCCUCGGAGGCGCCCACCGCACCACGCAUGAAGCUGAAAGCGAACACGGACAUGUCCAAAUUCUCGUACCGAACCAUGACCAUGAAGCUGUCGGAGGCAUCAGAAGUCCUCGAUGACAGGAUAGACGAGUUCCGCCAGCUGAUACAAGAGUCGAUGGACCUGGAUGACAGCGCAUUUGGGAACCCAAGCCUGCAAUCGCCAAAUCAGAUCAUCGCAGUAGGGCGCAUAGCAAGCGACACAAGCGAGGGGAAACUCAACGCCGCAUCACUCCUUCUCGAAGGCUCACGGCGCAUGGGCUCAGGUCGGCGUGUGCCGGUGAAGGUUGACAGUCUCCCCUCCUACAACUUCUUCCCAGGACAGAUUGUCGCAUUACGCGGCACAAACGCCUCGGGCGACGUCUUCGUCGCCUCCGAGGUCCUCUCACUCCCGCUUCUCAAUCCACCGGCCACCAAGCCGGAAGAGCUCGACGCAAUCAACACUCGCUACCUCGACACGCCCGAUUCCGACCCCGACAACGCCCGCCCUCUGACCAUGAUGAUCGCAGCAGGCCCAUACACAACAGACCAGAACCUCGACUUCGCACCCCUCCACACCUUCCUCGACAACGCCGCCGCCGCCUAUGCCGACACCAUUAUCCUACUCGGUCCCUUCCUAGACGCCGAGCACCCCCAGAUACGCACUGGCGACUUCGACGCGCCACCAAAUGCCAGUCCCGACCAGGCGACCAUGACCGAUCUGUUCCGACACCACAUCUCGAGCGCGAUACAGGAUUUCGUGGCGCGAAACCAAGCGUGUAAUGUCAUUCUGGUGCCGAGUCUGCGCGAUGCACACCACCACGCCGCCGCCUUCCCGCAAGACAAGUUCAACAAGCGUGAGCUGGGGCUCGGUGCGGCCGGCAAGACGGUGCAGUGCGUCACGAACCCCAUGACAUUGAGCAUGAACGAGAUCACCGUGGGCAUGAGCUCUGUGGACACCUUAUCCAUGUUGCGGCAAGAAGAGAUCAGCGGUGGAAAAGCAAAGGGCUCGAACUUUUACGAGCGUGGGGCUCGAAACGUGCUAGAACAGAGGAGCUUCCUGCCCAUCUUCCCGCCGACGAACCGAGAGAAGUACCUCAAGCCUGUUGAAGUGGAAGAGAAGCUCAUCAAGGGCGAAGAGGGCGAAGACGUAGCAGACGACGAACCAAGUCCUUUCCUGCCCAUUGGCACACCACUCGACACAUCGUACCUCAAGCUCGGCGAGAUGCUGAACGUACGCCCAGACAUACUCAUCACACCGAGCGUGCUGCAAGGCACCGUCAAGGUCGUCGAAUCCGUCGUGGUCAUCAACCCAGGCACCCUCGCCAAGCGCCGCGCUGCAGGCACAUAUGCCCGCGUCAUUGUCCAGCCCGCAAAAGUCACCGACGAAGAGCGGCAGCGGGGUAUCGCGCUCGCGCAUCGCUUGUGGGAGCGGAGUCGCGUGGAUAUUGUCAAGAUAUAG